UGGCAGAACCCAACUGUGGUUUCCAGGGAAACAGGAAUGUGAAGCUUCUGAAUAGACAGGGGCGCAGCUUAAAGAGCGAGGGCUGCCGGAGAGAGAUUCUUCUGGAGACAACCCCGGAGCUGCUGCACUGGUUUUUAUCUCCACAGCGAUGUGUGUAUAAAUAUCACCGGAGCAGCGCUGCGCUAACAUUUGGGAACUUCGUUCGGAGGCAAAGUGAUGGAGGCUUCUUUCUGACUUGGGAGGUGCGUCAGCCACUUGAAAGCAGAAUGGGGAGUCUGAAGGACGAGAUGAUGGGUCUCCAGCCCGGUGAGAAGAGCGAUGAGGCCAGCGGCAGGAGGCUAGAAGGAGAAAGUCAAGGGUCCGAACUCCCGCCAGAAGACGACACCCUGGCUGGGGAUGGAAACACCGACCCACACGAAGACCAGAAUGAACCAACCUCCAAACUCCAGGGGACCGAAGCUCACAAUGAUGAACCAGUGGAUGAUGGAGAUGUUUCUGGAGAUAAAAUGGUCCAAGAGGAGGGAGGAAAUGAGAAAAGCGUGGUUAUGGUGUCUCAGCCCGCCGACCCUCCGGACCCGUUCUCCCCGGCACCUUUUGGGCAACACCACAUGCGCACACAGGUCAGUCUGGAGGUGGUCCAGUGUUGCUCCACAGCGACCAGCCCCAUGACCCCACCAGAAGGUGGCCAUACCUUCUUCUUUCCAAACGCUGCCAGCAUUUCCACUGACACUAAAGACGCGGCGUUGCAGGCCGGUCAGACGGUGCAGUUCUGCUCGGUCGCCACGUCCCCCAUGACACCGAAGCCUACUGUGUUUCCUGAGGUGAAAUCGAAGGAGCAAGCUACCGCUGGAAAGUCAGACGGCUGUGGGCCGCAAACGGAGAUCAAGCAGCAGAGGAUGAGCAGCAUGGACCAGGACAUCACAAUUCUUGUGACCCACCAUGGAAGCGAUGAGAAUGAAGAGUGCGACGACGCAGCAGAGCAGGUGGUAGAAAGUGAGGCAUGUGAGGAGAAGAUCAGCGGUGAGAAGGAGGAGACGUUGGAAACAAGCAAUGAAAGCACAGAGCAGAGCUCCGUGAGCAAGCCAGCCGUGCCUGAGUCUCCGGCUCCUUCUGGCUGCCACAACAUCCGCACCCAAGUCAGCCUGGAGGUGGUCCAGUGUCAGUCCGCAGCCACCAGCCCCAUGACCCCACCAGAGGGCGACCAAGCCUUCCGCUUCCCGAGUUCCCUCAUCAGCUCCGGAGCUGACACCAAAGAUGCCGAGCUGCAGGUGGGUCCACAGGUGGAGUGCCGGUCUGUCGCCACCGCUCCCAUGACCCCGAGAACACCCACCACCACCACCUUUCCAGAGACCAUCAAGGAAGUCACAGUUGAUGAGAAGAUCCUGGAGGUGGAGGAGGAGAAACCGGAGGAUGAAGUGGAGCUGAUGACUUGCAAUGAGAAAGAGGAGGAGAAAUGUGAGGAGCCCGUGCAGGAGGUGAGCUGGGACGAGAAAGGCAUGACGUGGGAGGUGUACGGCGCUGUGGUGGAGGUGGCGGUGCUGGGGUCAGCCAUCCAGAAGCACCUGGAGAAGCAGGUGAAGAAGCAGAAGGGCUUGCCACCACCUCCACCGCUCAACCCCUCGGCGACGCCUCUUGUGCCAGAAGCAGGCAAGGGGUGUCUGGGCUUCGGUAAAGGCCGGUCGGGGAAGAGGGCGGCGAGGGACGGGAAGGGGAACAGGCGCAGGAAAAAUCCAUUCCGUGUUUUGAUGGAGAACAUGCAGCAGCCCCACUGUUGCUCCAGAGCUCACAGCACGGAGUGACAGCGGGAAGCUUGAGGGUGAUGUAUCACGUCUUCAGCUUCUCACCUGCCAGACUCUUCGCCCUCCAGUGAGUCAUCUUCGCAGGAUGCUUCUUUAUAAGCCCCUCAGACAAUGCGCCGCCAUGGCAACAGGUGAUCCUUUAUACCAUCAGGAACUGCUCUAGACUUGUGAUCUGCUCUGAUCUCAUCAUCCUGAUCUCCAUCUUAUUCACACCUUACUAGGGUCAGAGCUUUCUUAUCUUCGUGGAUCUGACUGUUUUGGUUCCAGCGGAUGUCCUGCGCGUCACGCUGCUGUGUGACUGUCUGACCAUCAAGUGUGACACGUGUCAACGUUUAAAAUCCACUCUCACUCAUCAGCAGACAUGUUGCACACCCGCUUGACAUGAGUACAAACCUGUUAGCUAUGUGGCUACAUGUGUGCUUUGCUAACCCAGGAGAGCAGGCAGAGAAGUGACCACUCAAAUGUACUAUAAAGUUCUAUCUUUAGACCCCUGUAAUAGAGAGAGGCAGGACAUUCAAGUUUUAAAAUUCAGGUAUCUGCCUUCUGUGUCCAGCCAUUUCAGAAAUGUGUAAAAUAUACUUCAAAGGACCAAAGUGUUACAUAAUGCAUUCUCCAAUUUCAGUAUUGCAUAUCUUUACAUACUUUUAAAAUUAUUUAAAUUAAGCAGAAUUAGCUUCAAACAUAUUAAUUCACAAUUAUAUUUAUUUAUUUCAUUUUUGGAAGUAUGCCCUUGAUUUUCAAAUAUAAACAAGUAUAUAAUUUUUAUAAACAUCAAGAUUAAAGCGCAUCAUUUUUCACACACAACCCUUUAUCGCCGGCGUGGUCUGGGUUGUACAGAGAACCCUUCCUGGUGACAUCACAGACACCACAUGAAAUCAUUCACACCCAUGAAGAAAAUUUGAAUUAUUUAUUUAUUUUUUAUGUUUUCAAUUGUAAUGUUAAGGGCAGGAAAUUGAAAACUGACUGGAUGACGUGCUACCUGCAGUCACGCUGAGGUGAAAUCUACACACACAAUAAAUUCACAAUAAAAAUGCUCACGUAAAUCGGAACUCAUGUGGCUGAAGUGGCAACGUAUUUUUAUAGGUCAUAUGAUUUUUUUUUUAACUUUUAAAUUGUUUUAAUUUAUUCGUUUAUUUAUUUUAAGCCUGGCACAAGUGGCACUGAUUUGAUAAAACAGCCUGUAUCUUGCAAUGAGGCAGUACAGUCUUGAAACUUGAACUGGUUUAAGAUGACACCAUGAAUUACUUCUGAACCGGAAAUAAUUCAUGGUUCCCAGAUUUUAAGUCAGAGGUUAGUAAUGUGUGGCUGUGCUCUCACUCGUAUCAGGACUGUUUAACCAAUGAUUGACGUUCCUGCCUGUGAUCUGUGAUGAACAUUGCUGUAUAUAUUCCCUGCUCCUGAACCCAGUUUCAAUUCAAUUCAGAGCACUACUGUAUAUCACAUUACUCACUGCAAUGUCAACCAGAGCAUAUAAAACACACCUAAAAAAUCCUCAAAUUGUGGGGUAAAGGCUUUAAAAACAGUGAAGCUACUAGGUGGCUAAGUUAAUUGCUACUUAAACUUCUUUUUUUGUGUGUGUUUUGUGUUGUUCUAGUUUCAUAUAACUGCACUUUUGUGUUGUGAACUUCUGUAUCAGCUGAAUUUUGCUAUGAUUCAUGUGUUUUAAACUGUAUUUAAUUCAUAUUCGCAUAAGACUAAACUUGGUUCCCCCUGCAUCCAGCCUGGAGCGUGGAUGCAGGGGGCCAUUUACUUGGCUUUAUCUUAUAAUAGUUACAACAUUUAUUCCCCAAACCUGGUUCGGUCAGUCAUCGUCCUCUCACUGACGCGUGGAGGUGACUUCUUGGUGUCGCUGCCAGUAAAGAAGCGCAGCUGAAAAACACUGGUGUCGCACAGCCAAGGUUGUGGGCUUGAUUCCAGACGAUGGCGACUGCUGUCCUCUCUGUCUGUUCCAGCUGUCUCUCACAGAAGCUGGAAGAGGCUGCAGCAAGAAAAUGAUGACAUGGACGAGGACCAACUGUGCUUCAGUCGUCUGCCACUUAAUGUUUUUUUUAGUUAGUGUUAAAGCCUCUGCGCUAAAAGUGUCUUUGGCACUGCAUUUAACUGAGUAACACUCCAAUUAAAACAGGGUAUUCAAGCUGCACGCUGCAGUUGUAUAUAAUUAUUGUGUUAUUAUCAUGAACAUCAGGACUGUCCACAAUAAUCUUGAGGUUUGACUCGAAAUCUUACAUAAGCAAUAGAAGUUCUGAUUCAUGUAUGUGUAUUACUUUAUAAAUAUUGGUAACAAACAGUUUUUGCGCGGUCAUUUCUUUUGCAGACUAUUUUAAAAAUAUUCAUUUUCAUAGCAGAUGAUCAAAACGGCUAUCUCGAGCGCCCCCUGCUGAUUCACUGAGUUCUUGAAUGGAACUCUCCGUCCUCGCAAAUGCCAGACUGAAAAUAUUACUUAUUGAUAAUGUACAUAGGACUCCUGUUUAAAAUAUUAGUGAAUUACUUGGAGAGUUUAUUAACCGUCAGGGUGAUUUGAAAACUCCUCCCCACAUGUUCAUGCUCCACUUUGGUGUUGUUUUUGGACCAUAUGUCAUGUUAAAUGCGCUUCGAUCAAUGAGACCCGGAAUCCUUUCUUCAUUCAAGUGUGGAACUUUUGUGACACGUGAUGGUGAACCUGCUGUGCUUUGACUCACGGUGUUGCGCUGCAUGUUUGUUGGAGCAAGUACCUCCAGUUCAAACUUUCUUAUUGAUUCAAUAUUGCUUCUCAUGAAUAAAACCUGUGUAAUGGCUUCAUAAAAGGUGUGAUGUGAGCAGCCGCGACAAGUUUGGUGUAAGAAUUUGUGUGUGUGAAAAACUGCAGUUUCCAUUACCAACAAGGUUUUAUAAAGACAGUUUUAUUGAUACUUAUGAUGUCAACAGUUAUCCAUGGAUAUUAAAUAGGAAGAUGGACUAUGACAAAAUGUAAUUUUUUUGUCAGCGAAUACAAAAAUAAUUUUCUUUGUUCAGCAAUAUGUUCACUACAAAGAGAGUAUUUUUAAACCCAUACUUAGUUUGAGCAUUAAAAUGAUGGCAGAAUUCUUUAUUUGAAUUGUUAAGUGAAAUAAAAGAAUCAUUCCUUCACCGUGUUUCUAAAACUUUAAAUAUUAUAACAGUGCAUUCAGCCCUCCUGAGAGUCCGUCUGAGGUCACAGGUCAGUGGUGCUGAACGCUGGGUUGCUGUAGGCCGGGUGACUGUUCUUCUUCUCCCCACGCUCGGCCAACGCUGCGCUGAGAGGCUCGAUAUACGCCGCUGGUUUCCCGUCUUC